CGUCGUCCUUGCCACCCCCUGCGGCCCCACGCUGAUACUCGUACUCAAAGAGCAAUUCUCUAAGCUGCUUAAGACAAAGGGGCCCCAUCGUGCAUGCACUCCGGCGACCGUACGACAUCUCGUUCGACUCUCGUAACGCUAUCCAGACCGUCGGCACUGGACGUCUUCCAGCGCAGUGGCGACGUCUCCCACCUUUACAAUCGGCUUCCCUUACGUCUCCUGCCUGACUUCCUCGUCUCCGCCUCAAAGUUGUCGUGAGAAAGACUCGCCUUACGUUCCCAAGCCGCCUGCUACUUUACAACAAGCCCUCGCUCUGUGUCACCGAUCGCCUGCUUCCGACUCCUGACCCUUGUUGCUCUCGUUCUCUUCCCUCUGUACAUACGCGCGAUGAUUCAGAAGACAAACGCGCGGUCCGGGAGCACUUCCACCGCCCCAGGCAGACAGACUUCCUCUUCCGACGGCCCAGAAACAUGGGGCCAGUGGUCUGGACGCAAACACUAUUCCCUGGAGGUUGUACAACAUCCUAUCAGAGCGCGAAUGUGCGGCUUCGGCGACAAAGAUCGCCGACCACUGGCACCCGCAGCUGUUGCCAAAAUGAUCGUAAGAAAGGAGGACGGAAGUCUUGUGGAUGUUGAUGACAUCGACUGUUCGUUCUUCUUGGUCACAGUCGACCUUUGGUCCUCUGAUGGCAAACAUGAAAUGAACCUCGUCCUUCAUCCCACCUCUGCCGACCGGUACGUCCCUGCAAAUACACCUAAGGGCAAACGCAGAGGCACCGUCACUACAAACACUUCCAAUCAACGUUCCAGCCGGCAGAGCCCCGAGCGGUCCGCUGCGACGCCGACCGCCACUCAGUAUCCUCAGCCGUCAAACGCUGCCUACUCCACGCAAGGCUAUCCCUUCCCCGCUCAGCCCGCACCCUUACCCGAGUCAAAUUCUUUCCAAGCCGUACACCCAUAUGCCCCUACUCCGGAUACCAGUGCGCCCUCAUGGGGUUACCCUCCAUCAAACGCUAGUGUCGAUCGCGCACAGUCUUAUGCUCCACCCGCACUGCCGUCUAUCCAUGCUGUCAAUCGCAACACGUCUCCCGCAAACGCUGACUCUACUGCACCCGAGUACGGCGCGCCCGCCCAGGCCGCGGCGGGUGCCACUAGCCAGGACUGGCAGAUCCAAACGCCAGUCCGCGAUGAUCAGGGUAGUGUCGACUUCCGAAACUGGCCUCCGCAGCCUGCCUACCCCACUAUGGAUGGCCACACCAUCGCCUCCGCCCCACCCGGACACCCGCCUGCAAACGCUGAUCCUCGAGACGGGGCUUAUGGUAGCGUCGCCCCCGGAGCUCCAGGCGGGGGCUCUGAGCCAUAUGCGCAGCAGGCGCGGUACUCGCAGGAGCCCCCGUAUACGCCCGUGCAGACGAGCCCGACCGCACAACAGCAGAUCGACUCGUCGAUGUAUGCGUCUGCGUCAUACGCUCAGCAGCAGCACCAGCAGCAAACUCAAUCACAAUAUCAUCAGGGUUCUUCAUACCAGGAACCUACACCGCCGUCGACCAUCCCGCCUUUGCCCCGUCAUACCUACACCCGGACGUUAGUCGGACCGCUCGCGUCGAACGCUUGCCGUCUUCUGGACGAGCACCGUAAGCCCGGGAUCUUUUUCCUCUUCCAAGACUUGUCCAUCAGGACCGAAGGCACUUUCCGCCUUAGGUUACGCCUCAUGAACGUCGGCGCCCCUCCCGCACCUGAACCUCGGGCGCUGUCCGUUCAUACAGAUGUGUCACCGGUCCUCGCCCAGACCUUCACGGAACCUUUCGUCGUCUUCUCCGCGAAGCGCUUUCCCGGCGUACCCGACACUACCGCCCUGUCCAUUGCGUUGGGCAACCAAGGCCAGAAACUCCCGCUGCGGAACCGCAACGGGUCGAGCAAGCAAGGCCGCAAGAGGCGGCGCGACGGCUCAGAUGCCUCCGGAGACGAGUCCGAUGAAGCUUGAGAGAGGAGCCCACGGACCGUGCAGCAGACCCAGCGAUUGUAAAUUUAGAGCCCAGUACUUACUUCCCCUUCUUUUGCCGCCACCGUCGGCGCCGCUCUCGCGGCGGGGUAUGCGAAGAGGGAACGGCGUGGGAAACCCAUAUGCCUUCUGCUCGAUACGCUGCGCAUGAUGCUUGAGUUAUUAGUGUGUCUUUCGUGCCCGUAUGCAAUGUAAUCUGGCUGUGUGUAAACAUCAGGAACCAUCGUCUGCUUGGUUUGUCCGUCCGGCCGUCUGCCGCAUGAUAUCGUACUCGCGUACCAACUGGACCGUCUCCGGGAACUGAUCAUGGACCUCGCCGAGCAACCGUCCCGCAGCCUCCGUCCGCCGUCUGAUCUCCUCCGCAUCCACGGCGGCCUGCUCGAAGUCCGUGUCAACACCGGGCCGCACCGCCUGGACCAGCCGCCCCGACUUGAGAUGAUCGAGCACUCGGCCGAGUAGCACCAGCGUCGCGCCGUGCGGCCGCCAUAAAUUCCAUACGGGCGACAUCGUGUGGAGCAGGUGCAGCGGGUGCGCGAAGUCCUCAGUUCCUUUCUCCUCCAGCGAUCCCCCCUGGUGCCGAAGGCGCCUCGUCAACUUCUCCGCAGCACCCGUCCGACGCACAGGGGAGUGCAGGGGCGCCUCGGGCGGCGGCGGAGGCAGGUCACCUUCCUCAGGGGGCGGAAGGUCGAGGAGAAGAGGUGACGCCGGGUUCGUGUCGCGCUCGCGCGUUGCCUGGUGCCUACUUUGGCGCUGGUACCUGAGGAUAACGUUCUCAACGACGUCGAACGCCCGGACGGGUUCGCCCGCCCGGACGAGCGCGAUGACGAGAUGGUUCCAGUUGUGCGAGUCGAAUUGGAGGCCCUGGUCCUUGAGUGCCUUCCAUGCCUGGGCGACCUCGCGGUGCUUCCCGGCCGCAGAGAACGCAUCGAUGACGAUCGAGAGGGGGACGCACAGAAGCGUCCCGUAUGCGUUAUCGGACGGUUUACCUGUCAUCGGACUGAGAAGCGCGUUCUGCUUCAUGAACUCAAUGCCGAGUCGGAAGGCUCUGGGCCAUAGUGCCUCGACAGCUUCGACAUCGCCCGACCGACGAUAAGCGUCAAGGAGCAGCGUCGUCGUGCCCAGGGUGGGCUUCUGGCCGGCGUUGGCCAUGGCACUGUGGAGUCGUUCGACGUCGGCGGGUUGCUGCCGCUGGGCAUACGCGUUCAUCAGCGGCCGAUAAACGGUAUCGAGGGUGAGACGGCGGCCGCCCGUGGUCUGCAGCCAGUUGUUCUCGGAUUCGCUACUCAAGAGCGACUCCAAGAACUCCUCCGCGACCUGCAUCCCUUGCGAAGUCUUCUGUUCCCCGUACGCUUUGAGGAUCGCCGCAUAGGUGAUCGCGUUGGCGUUGAUCGAGAGAGACUUCAUCAGUUCGAAGAUCCCUCUAGCCUUGAUUCGCUUGCCCAUGCGCAGGUACCCGUUCAUCAUGAUGGUGAGGACGUAAACGUUGGCCUUCAGCGACGCGUGCGGCAUGGUCUGUGCGAGACGUUCCAUCUCCCGGUACAGGUCCUCCGCGAUGUCCAUGAAGCCGUUAUCACAGGCGGAUUGGAUAAGGAGAGCGAAGGUUCGCGAGUCGGGGCGGAGCUUCGCGCGGUCGAGCUGGCGGAACAGGUUCGCGACCAAGCGGAAGGGCGCACCGAUGAGGACGUACGCCUUCAUGAGUGUGUUGAAGACCUCGAUCGUAACGCCUUCGCCAGCCUUGCCGGAGGACUUGAGGUAGUCGAACGCCCUGAUGGCCCCCUCCCAGGAGCCCGCUUCAACGUGAGCAUUCAUGAUAGCAGAGAUCAUGACGCGGUCAGGUACAACGCCUUCAGAGACAGCGUGCUUGUACAGCCGCUCUGCGCCCAUGGGGUCGUUACGCUUUGCGAGGGUAGCGAUGAGAGUGGUGUACAUAUGCACGGUAACCUGAACACCCGAACUACGCAUUUGAUCUAGGAGUGAAGACAUCGAGUCGAUGUCCCCAUGCAUGGCGAAUGACUGGAGAAUGAUGGAGUAGACAUGCAGGUCGGGUCGAAGGCCUUGCUGAGAGAGCUUCUGUACCCACGUAUUAACGCCAUUCAAGUCGCCGACCUGGGAGAAGGCGAGAAUGACGGUGGUGUAGUGUACAAGAUUAGGACGAGGGGAUGAAGACUUUGUGGUGGGAGGAUCUGGGAAGAACUGAUUGAAAAGCUCUACGACACGUGUGGGUUGUCCGGCCUUAGCAUAGGCAUGCAUGAGAGAAGCUCUGUGGUCCUGGCGUACGAAUCCGCGUUUGUCUAGCAUGUGGUAGUGCUCUUCACAGCGCCUCACAUCACCCUGAUGAGCGGUGAGUAUCAUGGCGGUUGUGUGAAAGCUAACGAAGACGGUGACGUCGGAUGGACUGGGAGUGACAGUAGCGAGGAGUGCACUGGCCUGAUCGUACUUUUCAUUCUUAGUCAGGUCUUGAACGACAGACAAGAUGACUGAGUGAGGCAAGGUCACGGCAUGGCGUCGCAAGACGAGCAGUAAAUCGUGAACGACCUGAGACCGUCCUGCUAGCGAGAUGGCACGAACGAGGAGCGAACCAGCGGCAGAUAACCUGUCCUUGGACCAGACUGAUAGGUGAUCUUGGAGAAAUUGGGCGGGAUCCUCGAUCGUAGCAAGACUGUCCAAAGCUCGGGAGGUGAACAGCUUGGCCACCUGAGCCAGGUCCUGAUCCGGCCGUGUCUGUGGUGGUCGUUCGGCAAGAUAUUGAAGCAGCAAGUCCGGGUUCGCUGUGAGAAACUCGAAGACAGCAGUAGGACCGCGAUGAUGGCGGAGUGCCUCGACAAUCACCGUAUAGAGUUCCAGGACAUAACUCCGCAAGACUUGUUGCUGCUCCUCGUCGCCGACAUCACGACGGUUGAAGACGACGCGAGCAUCUUCUACUGCCUCGUCCAGUUUUCCCUGCAAUGCAGCCCCAGAAAUAAGGAGGAUGUUCCAGCGUAUUCGGAGGACAUCUUGUGAGGUACGAUUGGGGUCGAUGUGAUGUAGCAUGCCCUCUAUUCGCUCGCCCCAUAAGCGAAGUGACUCCGCAGACAUAGGUCCUUGGGCACCGCUCGCAACAGACCUCGCGAUAGAAGCCACGAACGCUAGACCGGACGCGGUGUUGCCAGGAGGUCUUCCCUGAGCGUCACAGACAAAUUGGAACGCACGCCAGGCAUCUUCCGCAGAAAAGUUCCUCGCCCCAGAUGCGAUGUCGCUGAAGAUCUUCAAUGAUGCGCGUUGCUUUUCUGGGGAGGGGGUUGGAUGUCGGAUGGGCUCGGCGGCGGUGGGCGUACGGCUUGAGGCAUGCCGCCUCUGGACCACGUCAACCUGUCUCGUCCAUGUGCGCAGCGACGGUAUGUGACUUCUGCUCCCCAAGGCGGUGUUCUUGUGACUGGAUGACCGGCGUAUUCGGGGGCGUGGAGAGGACAAUCUGGCCAUAGGCAACGCCGCUCCGUCCAUGACGGCGAUACAGUGCCUUGGUAGCUUGCCAAGUAGAACACUGGCACAAGCCACGUACUCGUCCUCCGGCAUGGCUCUGCCCUUCCCCUUUCCUUUCCCGUCUGCGCUCCUCUGACGCGGCGUGAAGAAAUCUGUCGAAAGCGAGAUCGAAGCGGUCCGCACAGCCAUCCCAAAGGCGGACUUGUUGGACAGGAGCUGAGUUGCGAGUGGUCGAGCCGGGAGAAUGGAAGUGAGGACAGUCACCGCUAGAGGUUCGAACAUCACCGUACUCGCCGGGACGAGUGGUGGUCUGUACCCUGAGAGAGCAGGACGUCGCAGGGCAGGGAGAGAGCAGUGUGAGGCGACAUACAAAAGAGAGGGAUGUCUAGCUCAGCAGCGACGAGUACUCGCCCAGCG